GGUGAGGUGCAUCAGAGGCUGGCGAAAUGAACUCGACACUUAAACACUGAUAUUCAUUAUAAUCUAUUGCAAAAUAAAGAGUUUAAGUAUUGUGCUAUCAAGAGUAUUGUGCUGUCAAGAGGUUGAUCCACCAAGAGGAUGGAUAUGUCACGGAAAAUUCAGUGUUGAUUUAACUUUGAGCUGCACGUACGGAAAGAUCGUCAAGGAUUUCCUGGAGUUCUGUCAAUGAUAAGACCAAGCCCAUCGCAGUGCUCAAUACAAUACAGUGUCGUCGUAACUUGGUGCGCGAUUGUAUUGUGUGCAAUAUGUUAUCCCCUCUCAUUAUCUGACAUAUAUAAAUAGAUUUUAGGAGACAAAAUCCUAUUUUAGUUGAACAAACAUCACUCCAACGUAGUGCCCAAAUUAAGUGCAUUAUCGCAACCUUGAUAAGGAGUGAAAUUGUUAUAACAAAACACCAAUUAUUAUCUGACCUGGUCACCUGGUCAAAAUAUUAUAUCAAAUUCGUGAUACUUUGAGAAAUAAGUAUUUUAGUUUGAUUUUCUACUUGAGAGCUUCAGUUUGAGAUGGCCGAUGAUGCAGAAUGGAUCGAGGUUGAUAAAGAGUUUGGCCCUGUCCCUGAUCGACGAACGACAACCAGACGCCCGUUCUGGUUGACCACACCUUCAACAGCCACCAGACCUUCCGGGCCUCCCACGGUUUGGCCACCAAGAUAUCCUUACACGACGCCGGACACGCCUUAUGAUCAGGAUGAACGCGCUCUUCCUCAGCCUCUGCAACCUGACCACACACACGCCAUCGUCUUCGGCAGUCUAGGGGCUGUACUGCUGCUGGCCCUGCUGGGGCUAGUGGCAUAUAUGGUGAUACUCCGCAGAAAACUUCUCAAGGCACAGGCUGGCAGCCACCGAACUGAAGACUACAGCAAGCGAGCUGAGGAUGCCAACAAUUUCUCUUCCCCAAUCAACGAUUCGUCUCAUCUCUACGCGAACACCGACGACUUACACAAACUAGUCAGUUCAGUAAAAUCUCAUAGAAGAAAUCCACCUCCAAUUCCUCAAAGUGAGCACAGUGGGAGGGAAAAAUGUCUUGUACCAGGAGAGGCCGCAGCACGCAAUCCGCUGCCUCCAGUACCGAGGAAGCCAACUUCUGCUGUUGAUAGAAUAAAAAGAAUUUCUGGGCGUCUCAGUGCAAUAGGAGUCAACCUGCAUAAUAGUUGGAAGUUGGCUAGGGAUGAGAACGUACUUCAAAUGAAUGCACAGCAUCAAUCAUCUAUGCCAGACGUCGUUAAUGUAAGUACGCCAGAGGUUUUAGACGACGAUGAUAUUUGGUCAGAGGACUCAUUCGACAGCUGCAGCAUUGGCUACGAAAAUGAAACUGAACCAGUCGCCAGAGAGAACUCCAUCAGACGAAGUAGCCAACUCGACUCCAAAACGCCGUGCAAAAAACUCAGCCCUCCUUGCAUUCCUCCUCCUCCACCACCAAUAGCGAAGCCAAUUCUAUCUUCUGGUGACAAAGAAACAGUGAAACCUCCUACCCAAGAUAAUAGCUCAUGUGCAUCGUACGGUAAUGGUGUACCUCUGCGAAAAGCUCCAGCCCCUCCUUUAGUAGCUGCAAGUGCUGAAGAUAGUUCCCCGAUAUACGGUAACAUUGAUAUUCAAUCCGAGUCUGGGAUCAGUCACACUGCUAUUGAGGUUCCCCAGACGACAAUUGACUUCUCAAGACAUUACGACUCACCACGACGGCAUAAUGAUUCAAGAAAUAUUAGCCUCGCGGGAGCACAGGCUGUUGGCAACAAUGAUAAUUCGACAAAACCUACCUCUAAUCUGCCUGAUCCCAUUAAGAAACCUCUUCUUCCGCCCGGACAAGCCAAAAGGUUGGAUAAUUAUGGACUGUCUGCCACAGGUGUAAGAUCAGAAGCCAUUUUGAAACCAGCUGCAACCGGUAAAGUGACGUCCAUCAAACCUAAUCCUCCAACGGCUCCGAAGCCAAUGUCUAAACCCAACCUACCGAAGCUAAAGAUGAAUUUGCUUAUUCCACAGAAACUUAAUACCACAAACGAAGCCACUCCUGAUACUGCGUUGACUUUUGUUUCCGGGACUCCCAUACAAGAGGAAAGUUUGCUGGAAGACAGACCCAGAACAGUAGCCAAACCUAAUCUAAAACCUGAAAUAUCUAGCAAACGGGAGAGCUUUGACCCAACCAACUUGUCUAUCAGCGCGCGACGAGCACUGAUGGAAAAGAAAACAGUUGAAGCUGCUGCCAAUAAAAUGCAUUAAGUUUUAUGUUUGUAAUUUUAACGCUUUAAUUUAAUAUUCAGUCAUUUAACCGUAAACAUACCCACAGAUUAACUGAGGAGUUCUCUCCAACCAAUUGGUUAACCGCCAACGCAGCAACCAUCGCCAAAAAUAGUAAAUAUCCCCCCAAAAAAUCUUCUAAAAGUCAAAACUAAAUUCCACAAGAUUGCCUGUCGAGAUACCGUUCAUCUGAGUUAUUCUUACGGUGUCAUCACUAAUACUUUAGUUGCAUCAGGCUCGUAAGUUAUCAAAGUUUUUUAGACAUGUUGAUUGGACCUAAAGAGUUAUUGGUAUAAGGGAUGACGGUGUCGUAUAUAUCAGUUACCUAUUUGAAGACUUGCAGCAUAUGUAUAGGCUGCCAGUUAUGUCUCCUAAUGUACUGCCCAUAUGGGUUGCCUCACCCGCGCCUGCAUUACUUCAAAGAAUCCCGUAGAAAAAUAAGCCCUCUACUCGCCAUUGUUGUUUCCGUACAGUUGAAAUGGUGGUGCGCGAGUUCGGCAGCGCGUCAAUGCUUCAAUUCUAUUUUAUCUUCUCCCAAUUUGUUUAGUACAUCUCAAGUCAUCGAUUUCGAGUUAGGAGACCGAUCGUGCCCGUAAAUAAUAUACAGAAUGUCCAGUAUAUUUUUAUGACUGCGUAAUUAAGUUGGGGGGAAAAUCAUAUUGCUCGUAUUUUCCAAACAAAGUGCGCUCAUCAUAGAAGCUUUACACCGCUCACACCCGCCACGUUCAAUAUUAAAGUAAACAGACCCAAACUAUGAAAUUUCAUCAAUUUAUAGUCUAUUGUAUAGUAUGUUUUUGUUGGUAUGUUUAUAUUAGGUAAUAUGUUUAUAGUUAUGGUAUGUUUGUUUCUCGUAAUAGGCGUGGAAGACGUUUAAAUAAUUGUAAAUUUUCUGCAACCAUUCAACCUCAACAUUGUAACCUAAAUAAUCAUAAUAAUUAUUGAGGUUUCUGAAGCUUCGUUUGACUUUAAGAAAUCCCUGCACUAUGCUGCCUAGAUAAUGGCUCUUGUGCAGAUUUUUUCUUCAUGCCAGCGUCAUUUUUCGCUCAUAUAUAUUUGAUUAGCGCUCAGUCAUUAUGGCCUCGAAACUACCAAAGUUAGAUUAGACAAAUUUUUAAUAAUGGUUUUGUUAAGCAUUAUUGUGCCUCGACUCUAAAUGUCAACGGAUAGUUUUUAAAUGAUGUCGAGUCGAUAAACUUGAGUGAUGAAUUAUUGUAUAUAAUUAAUUUAACUAAAUAACAACUGUACAUAUAAGUGCUGAUGAUGCCAUCUUCAUCAGCCACUUUCACACUUAUUAUAAUAGAAAAUUAUUUAUUGUGUCCAUUUUUAGCAGAGUGUUGCGAAUAUCUUAAAAAUUAAUGUUUGGACUUGAAUUUUAUGUGGAACUGAUGCCUUUUACUAUUGUAAAAUUAGAAAAGAUUUCACAAUUACAUUUUUGUAGAAUAUUAAAAAAAGAGUUAUGACACUUGUAGAUAUAAAGAACAAAUAUUUUAUGAAAGGGAUUUAUCACAUUUCUUUGUGACGGUAAAACAAUCGUAAGGAGAAAUUAUUAAUUUAGGAGCAAACAUGAAAUUGAUAAAUAUACGUGAAAUAUUUUUAUUUAUAUUUUAUACUAUUUAAAUUAUUUUUAUAGCUGCACAGCAAUCUAGUGUGAUUGUUAUUGAUAUUUUAUUCAUCUUUAUGUGUUGUUUUUAAAAGCUUGACCGAAUAAAAAUUCUAUACACUUAACGAUCAUGUUCGAGACAAAAAACUUCUCACUUACUAGUUCAAGCCAAUUGAUGUCGAGUGAUAAAUACGGUCAGUUUUUAUACUGAGCUACUGAACUUUGAUAAGCAAUUCAUCGUCUCGCUCACGAUAAUAUACAUCUAUUUACUAAUUUAUGUUUUAUUAUUCAACAUUUCUUUCUAAUGACCAUGUGUAAUGAGAUGUAGCUAAGUUUGGCUAUUUUAACGACUUUCUAUAUAUGAUACGUGUUCUGAAUUGGAUGAGCUGUGCGGCAUUUGUCAAUUUUUUAAAUUAAAUUUUAAAUA